CAUUAUUACACAUUAGUUUAUCUUUGGCAGGUUAGGUUUAGGUGAAACAAAUCUGAUUGAAAGUAUUUAAAACUGAAUUUUACUUUAUUCCCAUCAAUUUUUUUUUAUUUUACUGUUGGCACAGUUUUGAAUCUUUACCUUAAAGUAUAAUUUCAUUGCCUAUUUCUAGAGUAGAUAUUUCCCCUAAUUUUAUGAGAGAAUUAAAUACAAGGUAACACGAAGCAUUGUUUUUGUGCUUGUCUUUACCUUACACGAUUGAAGCACUUUUGGGACUUCAAUUUUUCUAGAGGCCCAAGCACAAUUGUUAGCUUACGCCUCAGUUCUUGAUUGACUUUUGCAUUGGCAAGUCGUAUUUUGUGCUUUAAAAUGGGAGGAAAGAGCUGGUUUAAUGGCACGAACUUAUUGGUGGGAUUCUGCGGUGCUGCUUAUAUCCUUCUUUUCACUUUUGCAAUAUUAACAUUAGUCAUGUGUUGAGAAUAACUUAUAUCAAUAUCCUAUUAUCUCCAAUGCCAAACCUUAAUUUCGGAAUAUAUAAUUU